UGAUGUGCACCAUGGAUAAAUCAUUUAUAAUAAUCACUGCAACACUGUAAGAAAAUGAGUAUGGUCAUUUUGAAUUGCACGUUGACUUUAAUGUCUUCUUUUGUGUUAAGCAGAACAAAAAAUAUUUUUCCUACAAUGGUUGACAAUGAUGCCCCAGACAGGUCAGUUGCUAACAUUCUUCCAAAUAUCUUCCUUUGUGUUCAACAGAACAAAGACAUUUAUACAGGUUUUAAACAAUUUAAGGGUGAAUUUUCAUUUUUGGGGCUAAAAUUAAGAGAUGAUCAGUUGUGAUGUCAUUUGAAACAAAACAGCUCACCGACACGGAUUUUAGUAGCAAUAGUGAAAACUUUUGAGCUUUCAUAAAAUACAGAGGAAAAAAAUUAGAGGAACUGUAUGAGUUUACCAUCAAGCUAAUGUAAGGAGAAUGUUUGCAUCACAUGAGGAUUUUUGAGGCGCUCUGUGAGAUGAAAGUGUUGUCUAAAGGGCGACACAGGAAGACAUUGGGGCUGUUUUGUAAGGCGUCCACCCGGAGACAUCCUGGGCGUGCCCCCCUGGGUGCGGUCCAAAGAAAACGCUCCACUUUCCCAAGAAUGUCUAUUUUUCUCCUGGAGACGCCCAACGUCUCCUUAAGAAUGCACUCAUGACAUCAUUUCCUGUCUAGAAGAAAACAGGAAGGGAGUUAUGGAGAUUAAGAGAACUUUCAUCUUUCUGACAGUAUUCCUGCUGUGACUGUAUUAUCAUCAUCAUCACGUCUUUACAGGGUCAAUGCACACUUUCAUUACAUCACAGCUGGAUGUCCGUACAACGAUCUGCAUUAAACACUUCUACUCAACUGUAUUUGAUUCAAAAGAUACAGUAUUGUCUAACCCUAUGGACAAAGGAUCUGAGGAGAAUUACAUGCAUUGAGGUGGCGUCUCAUUGGAAGAUCGUGAAAUCUGCAGAAUGAACAGAGCUUUUAACAGGAGAAAAGAUAAAGCGAGCAUGCACACACCCGAGGCUCUGGUGCAAAGUCAUGUUGUGUAUAAUGCAAAGUUUUUGGGUAUCACAGAAGUGGAGCAGCCCAAAGGCACAGAUAUGGUGCGAGUGGCCGUCAGAAAGCUGAAGUUUCAGAGGCAUAUCAAGAAGUCUGCGGGACAGAAAACACCUAAAGUGGACCUUCAGAUCUCAAUAUACGGUGUGACGAUACUGGACUCAAAAACCAAGGAGAUCCAGCAUAACUGUCAGCUUCACCGCAUGUCCUUCUGCGCAGACGACAAGACCGACAAAAGAAUAUUUACUUUUAUUUGCACAGAACCUGAGACGAAGACGCAUCUGUGUUACGUGUUCGACAGUGAAAAAUGUGCUGAGGAGAUCACUCUUGCUAUUGGACAAGCCUUCGAUCUGGCCUACAAAAAAUUCCUGGAGUCUGGAGGAAAAGAUGUGGAGACGAGAAAACAGAUCGGAAACCUUCAGAAACGAAUUGAGGAUUUGGAGAUGGAGAACUCCAAACUGAAGAAGAAACUGAAGGAACUGGAGGAUCAGCUGAUGGACUCUCGCUGUUCAUCGAGAGCGUCUGUCUUGUCGUGGUGUGGUGGUGAUGAUGAUGUCACCUCACUGUCCAGCCUUGAGAUGCCCCCUGUCACUCUGACACCUGUCAGCUCACCUGACUCCAGCCAAUCAGCAAGCUUGCUCACUCCUCCUCCUGCUAAACCCGCCCACUCACAGCCCAGCAGCGGCUUCAUCCUGCCGCGACCUCGCGCCGGAAGCGUACAGACUCGAUUGGCCUCCACAGAUAUAUUUGAUAUGAUUCCCUUCACCCCUGAAUCUCCAAUAACAAAACGAGUCAACUGUAACGGCAUCUCAUCUCCAAAAGAAAGAGAUAUAGAUUUGUUCGGAGCAGAACCGUUCGAUCCGUUCAUCUGUGGACCUGCGGUCUUCACAACAGACAUUCAGUCUAAACUCGAUGAGAUGCAGGAGGGGUUCCAAAUGGGACUGACUUUAGAGGGAGCAGCAUUUGCUCUGGAUCAGACGGACAGUCGAUGCUGAUUCUGAAUAGAGUUCUUUUUUGUUUAUACUGUAAUUGUUG